AGUCCGGUCACAUAGAUUUCUUCAAACACUUUCAACAGACCCGCAAGCGAUAAUCGCGCUGUUUAAACCCCGAAACGCCGUGGAAAAACGCGAACUUGAUGCAAGUGAAACACAGUUUUUUAUGACGACUUCUGUUGAUUGCGGGAGAGUGCAAGACGCGUGCUUAUCUGUUCGAAAAAAGGCUAGACUCAGGAGAGUAAAACUGCUCUGAAAAGUGAGUGGGUGGUGCGUUUCCCUCUCCCAAAAACGAAACCGAACCCAAUUUAUAAACAAAUCGGCGGAACAACAAAAGUUUUCCACACGUGACCUGCGAGCAGGAAAAGCCGUCGCCACCUUAUAAGAUGCCCGACUUUUAUGAACUUUUGAAUGUGCCGUCCACUGCCAGUUUCGAAGAGAUCAAAUGCAGCUACAAACAAUUGAUACUACAAUGUCAUCCCGACAAAUUACGACAGCUCGAUGACCCAAAUCCGGGAUCGGAGGCCCAGAACAGCAAAUUCAAUGCGAUAAACGCGGCGUGGAACACGCUUAAAGAUCCCAUUAAGCGUAAGCACUACGAUGCCGAACUGCUGCAGUCGAAAUUCCGGUCCCACAGCAAUAUUUACGCCACAGUGGAGCUGGCUGAAAUGAAGAGGAUCCAAGUGGAAAUCGAAGAAGUCGACAAGCCAACGCCUUCUCCCCUCCGAGAAUCUGAAUCCGAAUCUAAAACAGACAAAGGGUCGGCUACAAUGUGGAGCUAUGCGUACGACUGCCGAUGCGGCGGUCAGUAUGUGUUCGAUGGACCCGAGGACGAUGAAUCAUCCGAAACGAUUGUGGAGUGCAACGAGUGCUCUUUAGUGAUUAUUGUGAAACAAGCCACAAGUUGUAAAUAAAGAAAUCCGAGGGAAAUAAUGGAACUGCUGCCCAGCACAAUGCUUGCAAAUCAAACUAUUCGAUUAAGAGCUCUUUUAACUUUAGCUUGUACGCUCAGUUUAUUGGUUUCUUGAACCCCGCUGCGGCGAGCUCUCUUUAUAUGCAAAACAUGUUGUCAUCGACGUCGUGCAUCCGACAUUCAACGGGGCCCAGCCCCUUCUUUGUCGCUUGUUGUGCCCAAAAGUGAUGUAAUAUGAUGGUACAUCAUUUUGAUUUGGGCCCCCACUCCCGCUGCCCAUACACUUUGCAUACGUUCCAUUUCCGCUGCGCGGGGAGAAAUUACCAAAGUUUUGUUGUCUUUGACGCGUGUGAAUUGUCGGAGGUUUGCCAAAUUACGAGCAGUUUGCCGAUUAUUUAUUUGGGGGAAUUUGUGGGUCAAGUUUUAAUGGGCACUCUAAUCCGCUAUGACGAAGUUGCUCCUUAUUCGGUUUGUAAUACCCUCUUCAUUCAUAUUAAUAUUUAUGACUACAUAAAUAUUGGCUAUU